UUUGCAGAGACGGUCACACUAAUUCCCCGAAUUAAGUUAAUAAGUUUUAAAGUUUGUAGCAAAACAAAGAAGACCAGAGCAAGUAAUAAAUAUGAGUGAAACGGCGCUAGCGACACAAAAUAAUGGCACAGUAGAAAAUGCAAACUGCUUUGACAUUCUGAAAGUUUCUAUGCUCUUCGAGACAAGCCUCCUGGAUGAGGAUGACGUCCAACUGGACGCUUACUUGGCAGCAUAUGAGGAAAUAAUGAAGUUCUUCCAGCUGAUGGGCAGUGUCUUCAGUUUUGUCAGCAGCGAUGUGCGCAGCAAAAUAGACAUAUUAUACGCCCUUAGAGCCAAGGACACGGAAGAGGAGCAGCACUUCGGUAGCUUCAGGACUAUGCUGGAGUACGAAAAGGGGGCGGAGUUGCUAAACCAAAAAGGAUACGUGUCUGGGAGCCGCACGCUAUUACGUCUUCAUCGCGGAUUGGACUUUGUCUACGAGUUUCUCAACCGGAUACAGGCAAUACCAGACGACCAGAAAACCGUGGAAGUGUGCAAGUCGGCCUAUGAUGACACCCUUGGGAAACAUCAUGCAUUCCUCAUUCGUAAAGGAGCUCGCUUGGCCAUGUACGCCAUGCCCACGCGUGGGGAUCUCCUGAAAAAAGUCUGCUCCGAUGUGGAAGUGGCCAAGGAGAACUUGCCUACCAUGCUGGAGCACAUGCGCACAAACUACGAUCGCACGGAGCAGCUCUAUACGCUCCACGAUCUUCACGGCCUGCCUUAGAGUCUACCAAGUAUCUGGGGUACUCACGAGAUCUGAUAAAGUGAUUUUUACGUAUCGGUAACUCACUUGUUAUCCCAAAAAUAGCUUAGUCUGAUAUUAUACUUUUAUGAUAUGAACAUGUGAUUUUUUACCGGAUAUAUAACACUAUUUCAGAUCUAGUGGUUACCCCGACCUAGUUAAUGUAGCUAAAUUUGUCUGUGUUGAAUGUGUAACUGCUAGUAUUAGUUUUCAACAAGCCUAAAUGUUUUAAUUUUGCAUUUCCAAUUUCCAGCAAUCGCUCAUAUAGUCGCCUUAUCCACAGGCUGUGCAAUGUUUCCCAAAUCCCCAGUAAAUUAACGCCAUAAAAUAUUUAGUCAUGAAUGAAAAACUGGC